GGAGUUUCACUCUAGUCACUCAGGCUGGAGUGCAAUGUGAUCUUGGCUCACUGCAACCUCCGCCUCCUGGAUUCAAGCGAUUGUCCUGCCUCAGCCUCCCAAGUAGCUGGGGUUACAGGCACCUGCCACCAUGCCCAGCUAAUUUUUGUAUUUUUAGUAGAGAUGGGGUUUCACCAUAUUGGCCAGGCUGGUCUCGAACUCCUGACCUCAGGCAAUCCACCUGCCUUGGCCACCAAGUGCUGGGAUUACAGGCAUGAGCCACCGCGCCCGGCCAAUUAUUUAUAUUGAUUUAAAAAUCCAUAGGUUUUUGUAAUUGUUACUUACAUGAAUAUGCAAAGGACAAUAUUCACAGUAGUAUGCUAUGAGCUAGUUUUUUAGAUGCUCCCAGAAAUUUCAAAUGCAAACUGGUUUUACUUAUGUAGCUAAAACAAAUGCCAAUUGUUGAACUUUGUGCUGGCUCUUUAAUAUCUGUUCUCUUUUUUCUUCCAGUUAAUGUUGAUUAGCAUCAGCUCAUUUAGUCAGUUAACAUUUAUUUCCUAAAAUCAAACACUCUUGAUUGGUCAGCCUGGGAGAAGAGGGCUAAGAUUAAGGUUAGUGAUGGUUCCCUUAAAACCUGUCGAGUGUCUGCAUUGUUAGACACACUGAAAUCUAAGAAUCCCAUCUCUCUGGGGCUGUUCACUUUACUAAUAAUUAUUUAUAAAAGGGAAGCUGAGACAAUAAAUUGCCAAUAACCAUGUAACAUAAUAACCACAAUGAAAAGACAUUAAAGCUACCUUUUCUGUAGCCUGAUUUUACCUAGAUGGUGGGUUUUGGUAACAAGCCAUCACUAGAGGUCAGUUUUUGAUUACAUGUCUUCUCAGGUUCAGCCUAUGUUUUGAUUUUUGGCACCUCUCUGGUUUUUAGGCUUUAAAGCAGAUCCAAAUGUUAUAUUAUAGUCUUGUAAAUGUUUCAUCCUUUUUGCUUCUGAUAGAUUAGAACUCUAAUUAUUAGAAACUAUUUUUAAGCAUUUGUGACUACAAAAACUCCUAAACUUCAAAUGGUUUAAAUUUUGAUGUUUAUCUUAAUUUUAAAAUAUUUUAAAAAUUAUUCAAUAAUAGAACAACCUGUAAUGAAAACUUACACAUAUGUGAGAGGUACUAUUUUAAGAUGAGAGUUUGCAGGUCGAAUUAGUCAGGGAGAAAAGAGUAGAUGUCAGAGUGGGAAAGGCCCUUAAAACUUAAUAGGGAAUAUCAAAUCUCUACAAAAAUUUUAUUCAAGACAGUGUCUAAGACUUAGAAGCAACUAACUUAAAAGCAAACUUUUGGAACUUAAUCCUAUUUUCAUUGGGGACUCCGUUUAUGAAUAAUAUGCUGUAAUUAUACGUAGAAGCUUAAGGACUGAAACAGAGCAUUCCAAAUGACAAAUGUUUUCUCCUGAAGAAAUGGCACCCAAAUUAUGUUGUACAAGUAAGCGGAAUAAAAUAAUCAUAUGCUUGUUAUUAAAAUUAUCAUAUGCCUAGCAUUCAUGAUUUUCAAAAGUGAAAAACAGUAUGUUAUCUUUGAGUUUGUUUUCAUGUGAUAUAAACUUAUAAGCAAGUCAAAAUUAAAUAAUGUACUGAGCAUUAAUUUAAGCCAGGAUUUUUCAGCCUCAGCACUAUUGACAUUUGGGGCUGGAUAAUGCUUCGUCGUGAGGGGCUGUGCAGUGUGAGGUGUUCAGUAAUAUCCCUGGCCCCAACCCAUUAGAUAGGUCCCCUCUCCAAUUGUGACAACCAAAAUGUCUCUAGACAUUGCCAAAUAUCCCUCGGAACUAAAUUGUCCCCAGUUGGGAACCACGAAUUAUUAAUCCCUAAAAGACAAAGCAGCAACUCCUGACCCCUACAAAAAGUUUUAAAUCAAUAACUUAGUUUAAAAUCCUUACUAAGUGGGAUCAUUACUAAUCUCACUUCAUAGUACCUUCAGUAUCUGGAAACCGUCCCUAUGGUCACACUUACCACGGCUCAUUAUUAUUUUAAAACAUGGGGCUGUGUCAUUUCCUGUCUGUGAGUUUGGACUGCAGUGGGAAUCCAUUAGUUGAAUGACCUUCUGUGUAGGUUAAUCACAAGACAAGUUCUCAAACUAAGCGUUUCCCUACGGCUCAUUUCUUUUUAAAGUUAUGGAAUACCUGUUCUGCUUAUACCUUUUAGAUUCAUAAUUAUUUUUCUUGUAUCAAAAUUUCAAUUAAUAGAAAUAAAUGACGUUACUGACACUUCAUGAUGAUUAAGUUUUGGGCAAGUGAACCAUUUUACACUCUAUUUUUUAUUCCUCCCACUUUUAGUCAGAAUACACCUGCAGAAUAAGUAACAGAACUGUGUGAAAAGAACGACUAGGUCAUUACGGUUAAUAGUUUUACAAAAACAGCCGAGGCCUGGUCUGGAAAGCUCACAACCUCCACCCAGAUGCUUUCCAGCCUCGGGGAUAUUCGUACUAGCAGUGACACUAGCCAGCUUUCUCUAGGCUGGCUCUGAUGUUGGAAGACAAGCACGCAGAUGUGUGUUACUUUUCAAGCCUGGACAUCGUUUCUGAGGAAUUUAGCUCCACCUCUCCUGCCAGAAUGGAAAAUCAACGCCCCCAUUCCCGCCCUUCACCAACCCCUCUCCGCCUGCCCCUUUCCCUUGGGUCCUCUCCUGUUACAGAAGUUCUGAUUUUUCCUAGCGAGCUGGAGGAAAGGCAGUGAUUUGCCUUCAAGGAAACUGGGGAGUCAGAAAAUUGGGAACUCAUAUCAACAUGGCAAACCUAUUGAAAACAGUGGUGACUGGCUGCUCGUGUCCUUUACUUAGCAAUUUGGGGUCCUGUAAGGGUCUACGUGUGAAGAAGGAUUUUUUACGAACAUUUUAUACUCACCAAGAACUGUGGUGUAAAGCGCCUGUAAAACCAGGAAUUCCAUAUAAGCAACUGACUGUUGGAGUCCCCAAAGAGAUAUUCCAAAAUGAGAAGCGAGUGGCAUUGUCUCCUGCUGGCGUUCAGAACUUGGUCAAGCAGGGUUUUAAUGUUGUCGUGGAAUCGGGUGCGGGCGAAGCUUCCAAGUUCUCAGAUGAUCACUAUAGAGCGGCAGGUGCCCAAAUCCAAGGGGCAAAGGAAGUGCUGGCUUCUGAUUUGGUGGUCAAAGUGCGAGCCCCUAUGGUUAAUCCAACAUUAGGUGUUCAUGAAGCUGACCUUUUAAAGACAUCGGGAACGCUGAUUAGUUUUAUUUACCCAGCCCAAAAUCCAGAGUUGCUAAAUAAACUUUCCCAAAGAAAAACUACAGUUCUGGCAAUGGACCAGGUUCCAAGAGUCACAAUUGCUCAGGGAUAUGAUGCGCUAAGCUCCAUGGCCAACAUUGCGGGUUAUAAGGCUGUUGUCCUAGCAGCAAAUCAUUUUGGACGUUUUUUUACUGGUCAGAUCACAGCUGCUGGAAAAGUUCCUCCAGCUAAGAUUCUGAUAGUUGGUGGUGGUGUUGCUGGGCUUGCUUCUGCAGGCGCAGCAAAGUCGAUGGGUGCAAUUGUUCGAGGAUUUGACACAAGAGCUGCAGCUUUGGAACAGUUCAAGUCUCUUGGUGCUGAGCCCUUGGAGGUGGACUUGAAGGAAUCUGGUGAGGGACAAGGAGGAUAUGCAAAAGAGAUGUCCAAAGAGUUCAUUGAAGCUGAAAUGAAACUCUUUGCUCAACAAUGCAAGGAGAUAGACAUCCUUAUCAGCACAGCACUUAUUCCAGGUAAAAAAGCUCCAGUUUUAUUUAAUAAAGAAAUGAUUGAGUCAAUGAAGGAAGGUUCAGUUGUUGUGGAUUUAGCUGCUGAGGCUGGUGGAAACUUUGAAACCACUAAGCCAGGAGAACUCUACAUUCAUAAGGGAAUUACUCACAUAGGCUACACAGACCUGCCCAGCCGAAUGGCCACUCAGGCCAGCACCCUAUAUUCCAACAACAUCACCAAACUCCUGAAGGCCAUCAGCCCGGACAAAGAUAAUUUUUAUUUUGAUGUGAAAGAUGACUUUGACUUUGGUACGAUGGGUCAUGUCAUUAGAGGAACUGUAGUGAUGAAAGAUGGUAAAGUGAUUUUCCCAGCUCCCACACCGAAAAAUAUUCCUCAAGGUGCCCCAGUAAAACAGAAGACAGUGGCUGAGCUGGAAGCUGAAAAAGCAGCUACCAUUACACCCUUCAGGAAGACAAUGUCAACGGCUUCUGCAUAUACAGCAGGUCUCACAGGGAUACUGGGUUUGGGCAUUGCGGCUCCCAAUCUAGCCUUUUCUCAGAUGGUGACCACUUUUGGCUUGGCUGGCAUUGUGGGGUAUCAUACCGUCUGGGGAGUGACCCCUGCUCUCCACUCACCACUGAUGUCUGUGACAAAUGCAAUCUCAGGGCUGACUGCAGUUGGUGGGUUGGCACUGAUGGGAGGACAUUUGUAUCCUUCCACAACUUCUCAGGGCCUUGCUGCUCUUGCUGCAUUCAUAUCCUCUGUCAACAUUGCAGGUGGCUUUCUGGUGACUCAGAGAAUGCUGGACAUGUUCAAGCGUCCCACUGACCCCCCAGAAUACAACUACCUGUACCUGCUCCCUGCCGGCACCUUUGUUGGUGGAUAUUUAGCUGCCCUCUACAGUGGUUAUAACAUUGAACAGAUCAUGUACCUAGGCUCGGGUCUGUGCUGUGUUGGUGCCUUGGCUGGCCUCUCCACCCAGGGAACAGCACGUCUUGGCAAUGCAUUGGGCAUGAUUGGGGUUGCUGGAGGACUGGCAGCCACCCUCGGAGUCCUAAAACCGGGCCCAGAAUUACUAGCUCAGAUGUCUGGAGCGAUGGCUUUGGGUGGUACCAUUGGAUUGACAAUUGCCAAACGCAUCCAGAUUUCUGAUUUACCUCAAUUAGUUGCUGCUUUUCACAGUUUAGUGGGUUUGGCAGCUGUACUUACUUGCAUAGCUGAGUACAUUAUAGAAUAUCCACAUUUUGCUACGGAUGCAGCAGCAAAUCUCACCAAGAUUGUGGCCUACCUCGGCACUUACAUUGGUGGCGUCACCUUUAGUGGGUCUCUCAUUGCCUAUGGAAAAUUGCAGGGUCUCCUGAAAUCUGCCCCUCUCCUACUGCCUGGAAGGCACUUACUCAAUGCAGGCUUACUGGCUGCUAGUGUGGGCGGGAUAAUCCCAUUCAUGGUGGACCCAAGCUUUACCACUGGCAUCACCUGUCUGGGUUCAGUGUCUGCUCUCUCUGCUGUCAUGGGUGUGACUUUGACAGCUGCUAUUGGGGGUGCUGACAUGCCCGUCGUUAUCACUGUGCUGAACAGCUACUCAGGCUGGGCCCUGUGUGCAGAGGGCUUCCUGCUCAACAACAAUCUGCUGACCAUCGUGGGUGCACUCAUAGGCUCGUCUGGUGCUAUCCUGUCAUACAUCAUGUGUGUGGCAAUGAAUCGCUCCCUGGCUAAUGUGAUUCUUGGAGGCUAUGGCACCACUUCAACAGCUGGUGGAAAACCCAUGGAAAUUUCUGGCACACAUACGGAAAUCAACCUUGACAAUGCAAUUGACAUGAUUCGAGAAGCUAAUAGCAUUAUUAUUACACCAGGCUAUGGUCUCUGUGCAGCCAAAGCUCAAUACCCCAUUGCUGAUUUGGUAAAGAUGCUCACUGAGCAAGGCAAAAAAGUCAGGUUUGGAAUUCACCCAGUUGCAGGCCGAAUGCCUGGUCAGCUUAAUGUGCUGCUGGCUGAGGCUGGUGUGCCAUAUGACAUUGUGUUGGAAAUGGAUGAGAUCAACCAUGAUUUUCCAGAUACUGAUUUGGUCCUUGUAAUUGGAGCUAAUGACACUGUUAAUUCAGCAGCUCAAGAAGAUCCCAACUCUAUUAUUGCAGGCAUGCCAGUCCUUGAGGUCUGGAAAUCAAAGCAGGUGAUUGUUAUGAAGAGGUCUUUGGGUGUUGGCUAUGCUGCAGUGGACAAUCCAAUCUUCUACAAACCUAAUACGGCCAUGCUUCUAGGUGAUGCCAAGAAAACAUGUGACGCGCUCCAGGCGAAAGUUAGAGAAUCCUAUCAGAAGUAAAUGUUAAGGAUCAAGCUGUUAGCUAAUAACGCCACCUCUGCAGUUGUGGGAACAGGCAAAUAAAGUAUCAGUAUACAUGGUGAUGUACAUUUGUAGCAAAGCUCUUGGAAGAAAAUGAAGACUGAAGAAAGCAAAGCAAAAACUGUAUAGAGAGAUUUUUCAAAAGCAGUAAUCCCUCAAUUUUAAAAAAGGAUUGAAAAUUCUAAAUGUCUUUCUGUGCAUAUUUUUUGUGUUAGGAAUCAAAAGUAUUUUAUAAAAGGAGAAAGAACAGCCUCAUUUUAGAUGUAGUCCUGUUGGAUUUUUUAUGCCUCCUCAGUAACCAGAAAUGUUUUAAGAAAGUAAGUGUUCAGGAUUUCAGGACUUAACAUUAUACAUGGCUCUGAAAUAUCUGACACAAUGUAAACAUUGCAGGCACCUGCAUUUUAUGUUUUUUUUUCAACAAAUGUGACUAAUUUGAAACUUUUAUGAACUUCUGAGCUGUCCCCCUUGCAAUUCAACCACAGUUUGAAUUAACCAUAUCAAAUCAGUUUUAAUUUUUUAAAUUGUACUUCAGAGUCUAUAUUUCAAGGGCACAUUUUCUCACUACUAUUUUAAUACAUUAAAGGACUAAAUAAUCUUUCAGAGAUGCUGGAAACAAAUAAUUUGCUUUAUAUGUUUCAUUAGAAUACCAAUGAAACAUACAACUUGAAAAUUAGUAAUAGUAUUUUUGAAGAUCCCAUUUCUAAUUGGAGAUCUCUUUGAUUUUGAUCAGCUUAUAAUGUGUAGUACUAUAUUAAGUGCACUUGAGUGGAAUUCAACAUUUGACUAAUAAAAUGAGUUCAUCAUGUUGGCAAGUGAUGUGGCAAUUAUCUCUGGUGACAAAAGAGUAAAAUCAAAUAUUUCUGCCUGUUACAAAUAUCAAGGAAGACCUGCUACUAUGAAAUAGAUGACAUUAAUCUGUCUUCACUGCUUAUAAUAGGGAUGGAUUUUUUUUCAAAUCAGUGUGUGUUUUGAGGUCUUAUGUAAUUGAUGACAUUUGAGAGAAAUGGUGGCUUUUUUUAGCUACCUCUUUGUUCAUUUAAGCACCAGUAAAGAUCAUGUCUUUUUAUAGAA